GUCACCUACGUUUCAGCCUCCUUUACCACAUAUCAUUACCAUGGACGCUCUCAAGGCUGUAUUCGAUGCCAAAAAGGCGGAAGGAACACCAGCAUUAGUGACCUUCGUCACUGCAGGAUACCCAAGGACACAAGACACCGUGCCUAUCUUGCUGGCCAUGGAAUCUGGAGGGGCAGACAUAAUCGAACUUGGUGUUCCCUUCUCCGACCCCAUUGCAGAUGGCCCAGCUAUCCAAGAGACCAAUACUGUUGCUCUCAAAAAUGAUAUUGAAUACGCCACUGUACUUGGAAUGUUGCGAGAGGCUCGAAGCCAGGGAUUGAAAGCACCGGUCCUUCUUAUGGGGUAUUAUAAUCCAAUGCUCGCGUAUGGAGAGGACAAGGCAAUCCAAGACGCUCGUGAGGCUGGUGCAAACGGAUUUAUUAUGGUCGAUCUUCCACCUGAAGAGGCCAUCAACUUCCGUGACAAGUGCACAAAAGCAGACAUGUCAUAUGUCCCCCUCAUAGCACCAUCAACAUCUUUGCAUCGCAUCCAAUUUCUCUCGUCCAUUGCUGACUCUUUCAUAUAUGUAGUGUCAAAGAUGGGAACAACUGGCUCUUCUAUUCUGGGGACGAUGAAUGCUGCCCUCCCAGAUAUCAUCGCACGCAUCCGAGAAUACACGACUGUCCCACUGGCGGUCGGCUUCGGUGUUGCAACGCGCGCUCAUUUCGACGUUGUCGCUGAUGCUGGAGCAGAUGGUGUCGUUGUCGGUAGCCGUCUCGUGAGCAUUAUUAAGGAGGCACCUCUCGACUCAAUACCUCAAAAUGUUGAGAGCUACUGCCUGGAGAUCAGCUUGAAGGGGCAGCCUGCUCGCGUGCGGUCGCUGCUGGCUUCAAAACCUUCAACGCCUUCCAAUAGUGCUUUGAAGACGUCCGCAACUGCCCUACUUCCUGCACGCUUUGGUCAGUUCGGUGGUCAGUAUGUCCCUGAGGCGCUCUUCGAUUGUUUAGUGGAACUCGAGGAAGCUCACAAUUCGGCUAUCAAUGACCCCAAGUUCUGGGAGGAGUUUGAGAGCUAUUACGGGUACAUGAAUCGCCCGUCAAAGCUUUACUUUGCAGAGAGCUUGACGAAACAUGCUGGCGGCGCUCAGAUUUGGCUAAAGCGUGAAGAUCUGAAUCAUACGGGCUCGCACAAAAUCAACAACGCCAUCGGGCAGAUCCUGCUUGCUCGUCGCUUAGGCAAGACGCGCAUCAUCGCGGAGACUGGUGCUGGUCAACAUGGUGUCGCAACUGCUACCGUGUGUGCACGAUUUGACAUGGAGUGUGUCGUCUACAUGGGAGCAGAGGAUGUCCGUCGCCAAGCCUUGAAUGUCUUCCGAAUGAACAUGCUUGGUGCCAAAGUUAUACCCGUCGAGUCAGGUUCUCGUACUUUGAAGGAUGCCGUCAAUGAAGCUAUGCGCGACUGGGUGACCAACCUUUCUACAACACACUAUCUUGUCGGCUCCUGCAUUGGUCCACACCCAUUCCCAACGAUUGUGCGCGACUUCCAAAAGGUGAUUGGGCGAGAGAUCAAAUCGCAGCUCAAAGAGGCCAAGGGAAAACUCCCAGACGUCAUCGUUGCAUGCGUCGGUGGUGGGAGCAAUGCUAUUGGAACCUUUUAUGACUUCAUUCCCGACAAGAACGUGAGGCUCGUGGGUGUGGAGGCUGGCGGUGAAGGCUUGGAUGGCGAUCGGCACAGUGCAACCCUUUCGAAAGGACAGCCUGGUGUACUGCACGGUGUGAGAACAUACAUUCUCCAGUCGGCCGCUGGCCAGAUCAUCGAAACACAUUCUGUUAGCGCGGGUCUUGAUUACCCCGGCGUUGGGCCAGAGCAUUCAUGGCUCAAGGACUCUGGUAGAGCGGAGUAUGUUGCCGCGACGGAUGAGGAGGCCCUCAGAGGCUUCCGACUUUGCACCCAGCUAGAGGGUAUCAUUCCUGCUCUUGAGUCAUCACAUGCUAUCUGGGAAGGUGUCCGUCUUGCCAAAACACUGCCAAAAGAUACCGAUCUCGUCAUUGUGCGUAUCCAAAACUUUCUUCAUUUGCGCGGCGCUCACAGAGUAUAUAGUGCCUCUCGGGGAGAGGCGACAAAGAUGUAGAACAGAUAUCGGAAUUGCUCCCUGGAAAAUGGGCUGACAAGCUUGACUGGCACAUAGUAUGAGAAAUCAGCCUCGCUGAUCGGCUCUCAUAUAGGAUUAUCUCUGUGUGUAGUUGGCAACCGUAUGAGCGAAGAAAAAUAGAGUGGAUGUUGGUUAAGUAGCUUCUUCCAAUUUACGGCAGAAUUUUAGACGAUGUAUGUACAGUGUAACAUGCCACUUACGGCAAGUAUGUAUGACUCGACUCUGCU